GCGCUGUCGCUCGAAAAAAAAAAUGUUCGCGUAUGUCGCUGAGUCCGGGAGCCGCGAGCAGGGCGCUUCGCUCGGCAGGGAAUAAUCCCGUGUGUGUGUGUUUCCGCGUUUUUGUUCCGGGAGUACCGCCGCGGAGCCGCGCAGCAGCGCCGGUGUGUCGGAGCGUCGAGCCUGGCUGUGAGCUGGCGUCCUGCGACCUGAGACUAAACUUCCUCUGGUUGAUUUACACACAGGAGGGAUGUCGAAUCCCGGGAAUCGGAGGAACGGCUCGAGCAUCAAAAUCAGACUGACAGUAUUAUGUGCCAAGAAUCUCGCCAAGAAAGACUUCUUCCGGUUGCCCGACCCUUUUGCCAAAGUCGUGGUCGAUGGCUCGGGUCAGUGUCACUCCACAGACACGGUUAAGAGCACACUCGACCCAAAGUGGAACCAGCACUAUGAUUUAUAUAUCGGGAAAACGGACUCGAUCACCAUCAGCGUCUGGAACCAUAAGAAGAUCCACAAGAAGCAGGGUGCCGGGUUCCUGGGGUGUGUGAGGCUCCUGUCCAAUGCCAUCAGCCGACUCAAAGAUACAGGCUACCAGCGUUUGGAUUUAUGCAAACUGAACGCCUCGGACAGUGACGCCGUCCGGGGUCAAAUAGUCGUGAGCCUCCAGACGCGUGACAGGAUUGGCAGCGGCGGCCCGGUGGUAGACUGUCGAGGGCUGUUAGAGAAUGAAGGGCCGGUGUUUGAGGACUCCGGACCAGGACGGCCGCUCAGCUGUUUCAUGGAGGAGCCUCUGCCGUACUCCGACCCUACAGGAGCCGCUGGUGGGGGAAACUGUCGCGCCCUGGAGUCACCUAAUCAAGACCAGAGACUUCAAACGCAGAGAAUCCGAAACCAGGAGCCCAGGAGUCACGCACACACCCCACAGAACCGGCCACACGGGCACCAGUCGCCAGACCUUCCAGAAGGCUACGAGCAGAGGACGACGGUGCAGGGACAGGUCUAUUUUCUACACACACAGACCGGAGUGAGCACUUGGCACGAUCCCAGAAUACCACGGGAUCUGAACAGCGUGAGUUGUGAAGAGCUCGGUCCGCUGCCGCCCGGCUGGGAGAUCCGGAGCACGGUGUCGGGAAGGAUUUAUUUCGUCGACCACAAUAACAGAACCACGCAAUUCACAGACCCGAGAUUACACCACAUCAUGAGCCAACAGUCUCAAGUGAAGGAGUCGAGCCAAGCUCUGCCAGUGCAGAUGGACGUUCCUGUAGAGGAGGGUGAAGGAGAACUUCCUGCGCGUUAUGAGAGAGAUCUCGUCCAGAAGCUGAAGGUCCUGCGGCACGAGCUCUCGCUGCAGCAGCCUCAGGCCGGACACUGCCGCAUAGAGGUGUCACGAGAAGAGAUCUUUGAGGAGUCGUACAGGCAGAUCAUGAAGAUGAGGCCGAAGGACUUGAAGAAGAGGCUGAUGGUUAAAUUCCGUGGAGAAGAAGGCUUGGAUUACGGCGGCGUGGCAAGGGAGUGGUUGUACCUUCUGUGCCAUGAGAUGCUCAAUCCGUACUACGGCCUGUUCCAGUACUCCACAGAUAACAUCUACACGCUGCAGAUCAACCCCGACUCGUCCAUCAACCCUGACCACUUAUCAUACUUCCACUUUGUGGGGAGGAUCAUGGGCCUGGCCGUGUUUCAUGGGCACUACAUAAACGGUGGCUUCACGCUGCCCUUCUACAAGCAGCUCCUGGGGAAACCCAUCCAGCUUUCUGACCUGGAGACCGUGGACCCCGAGCUCCACAAGAGCCUCGUCUGGAUUCUAGAAAAUGACAUCACAUCUGUUCUGGAUCAUACGUUCUGCGUGGAACACAACGCUUUCGGCAAAUUCCUCCAGCAUGAGCUUAAGCCCAACGGCAGAAACAUCCCGGUGACGGAGGAGAAUAAAAGGGAAUAUGUCAGGCUCUACGUGAACUGGAGGUUCAUGAGAGGCAUCGAGGCGCAGUUCCUGGCUCUUCAGAAGGGCUUCAACGAGCUCAUCCCACAGCACCUGCUCAAGCCUUUUGACCACAAGGAACUCGAGCUGAUCAUUGGAGGACUUGGGAAGAUUGAUUUGAGCGACUGGAAGGCGAACACGCGGCUGAAGCACUGCGUGGCCGACAGUAACAUAGUGAAGUGGUUCUGGCAGGCGGUGGAGUCGUUCGACGAGGAGAGGAGGGGCAGGUUGCUCCAGUUUGUCACCGGCUCGACGCGCGUCCCUCUCCAAGGCUUCAAAGCACUGCAAGGUUCUACAGGUUCUGCAGGACCAAGGCUCUUUACUAUCCACUUGAUCGAUGCCAACACGGACAACUUGCCCAAAGCCCACACAUGCUUCAACCGCAUCGACAUCCCGCCUUACGAGUCGUACGAGAAGCUCUACGAGAAGCUCCUGACUGCCGUCGAGGAGACGUGUGGCUUCGCUGUCGAGUGAAACGUUUCGUCCAGCCGGCGUCCGCUAACCCGUCUAACAGCCCCUUCGACCCCAGUUCCCUGACUCUUCCUCGGGGUGGACAGAACAGCGCCGCCCUGCAGACUGGAGCAAAAGGCCAGCUGACCCUCUCCCGGGAGCACAGAGCAGAGAGGCAGCGCUACACAGGGCCACUAACUCAUGUGCACACACACACAAACACAUUAACACACACAGCCUGGGUUUUUACAAACACACUUUCACACACACACACAAACAAUUAACACACAUUUCCAGGCUGCUCAAGGAUUAUUUAUUUCCGUGGUGAGUCAAAUGGGUUUUAUUUUGCAUUACGAUGAUGAGAAGCGGUACCAGGACGUUGUGUGAGUGGGGUUUAUUCAGCAUCACGCGGUCACAUGAGAGAGGUUUUUAGACUAAGACUGAUCAUGAUGCUUUCUGCAGUAACUCCUAUCCGGGUCGCGAUGUUUCCCCUGAGCGCGCGUGGACCGACGUGUUUUAAUCUCGGAGAUCUUUUAAGCGUAAACAGACAGGAGGCCUCGUUUUUGUAUCUGAAAUCAGUGACGUGUACAGACGGCACCCUUUUUGUCUUUUCAUUUUGGCUUCUUAUCGAACAACAGUGUAUAUUUCAGUGAUGACCGUCUCUUAUACUGUGUGUCAGCAUUAUACAUUUUUUAUUUUAUAAUUUACACUUUUUUUUUUACGUGCAACAAAUUUUUUUUUUUCUUCGUUAUGAUCAAUACAAGAAUGCUUACCAUGUCUUCGGACUUUUCACUAAAUGGCUACAUUUGUGUUUGUUUGUCUGUCUGUCUGUGUGUGUGUGUUGCGCGCGCGCGCGCGUGUGUGUCUGUUAAUUUACAGAAGCACAUCUUCUAAAGGCGCAUAGAAUCACUUACAGUAUACACAAUAGUAAAGCCCAUGGACGUCCUGUCCAGUGGCAGAAUUUGUCUUAUAAAUGCGCCAGUAUUCUUCAUAACUUAACUUUGCACAUUGCACAUUUAUUAUAUUUUUUUUCCUGAUCAUCACAUUUCCUUUUUUCUCUUUCUCUCUUUCUCUCUCUCUCUCUCUUUCUGUUUUUAGAGCUUGAAUGAUGCCAUGCACAAAACGAUGCCAUGCACAUAAAAUCAGUUUACAGAAAUAUUUCAGAACUUUGUGUCCCACAGAACUUCCCAGACGUGUGUGUGUGCGUGUGUGCGUGCGCUCCGCCUUCUCGUUAACAGCGCGUGGUGUGUUUUGGAAACGUCUCAGUUGAAGGUUGUGUAGUCCUUAAGUGGAUCUGGACAAAGUCCUUUAGUUUCUUAGCAUUAACUGUUUGUGACUGCUUUGGUUCUCAAACCCUUCACUUCACUUCAAGGCUCGUUUAUAGAGACUCGUCUCUCCGGGAACAGACGUCUUGUUCUCCGUGGCACUUUUGCUAGAUCAUACCGUAUAACAAUCUCUUGUUUCUCUUAUUCGUUCUGAGGAGAGACGGAGUGACAUUCGUGCUCUGUAGAGCGAAGCCAAUGAUUUCGACAGCCACGCUCUGGUAGUCACGCGUCGUCAGGAGUAUGUGACUCCAGUAUGUUUUUGUUCAUUUCUUCUUUGCUUUGUGUUAUUACUUUUUUUCCCCCCGUCUCGGCGUUAUGGCACGGGUUGUCCAGUCUUGUCCGGUCUUUCUACAAGCCAUCAGUCGUUGAAUUAAAGAUGAGACCAAGAAAUACAACAAAAACAAAGCUUUUCUGUAGACUAGACUAGAAUAAAGCUUGGUGCAGACGCUCAGACAGCCCUGUUAUUGCGUUAGGUAUUACCAGCAUUGAGAGGUCAUAGAUUUCAUUAUAUACAGCAGUGCUUGGGGUUCAUUGAAAUAAAAAUAAAAUUGAGCCAACUUUUUUUUUUUUUUUUUUUUUUUUAAAGUUAUGUCUGUGCAACCACUUGAUCUUUUUUUAAAAAAAAUAUUUAUUACUAUGUAAUGUCCUUUUGCUGCUAUUAUAAUUAUUCCCUGUUUUUUGUUUUAGUUUUUGGGGGUUUUUUUUUUCACAAAAAGCUGUACACUACAUUCUUUAUUUUACUGUAUGAAUCAAAGUAUUUAAACCUGCUGCUAAUUCCGAGAAGCCUGUCCAUUGGCCUGGAUCGAGUUAGCCGUGAUGUAGGCUGGACCCCGGCGGUCGUGUUCAUAUUUGUGAUAUAUGCAAUAAAAAUGACACCUUUUAUA